AAUACUUUUGGAGUUAUGGCGGCGGUGGAUAUCCGAGAUAAUCUGCUGGGAAUUUCUUGGGUUGACAGUUCAUGGAUCCCCGCUUUGAACAGUGGAAAUGUCCUGGAUUACUUUUCAGAAAGAAGUAAUCCCUUUUAUGACAGAACAUGUAAUAAUGAAGUGGAAAUGCAGAGACUAACAUUAGAACACUUAAAUCAGAUGGUUGGAGUAGAAUACAUCCUUUUACAUGCUCAAGAGCCCAUUCUUUUUAUUAUUCGGAAGCAACAGCGGCAGUCUCCUACCCAAGUUAUCCCACUGGCUGAUUACUAUAUCAUUGCUGGAGUGAUCUAUCAGGCACCAGACUUAGGAUUUAUAAACUCUAGAGUGCUUACUGCAGUGCAUGGCAUUCAGUCAGCUUUCGAUGAAGCUAUGUCAUACUGUCGAUAUCAUCCUUCCAAAGGGUAUUGGUGGCACUUCAAAGAUCAUGAGGAGCAAGAUAAAGUCAAACCUAAAACCAAAAGGAAAGAAGAACCAAGAUCUAUUUUCCAGAGGCAACGUUGUGGAUGCCUUACUCCUAGACCUGAGACAAAAGUUUCACCCAAAUUUGUGCAGCAAAAGUCUGGAGAAAAGCCUGUCCCAGUGGAUCAGACAAAGAAAGAGGCAGAACCUACACCAGAAAGUAAAUCUGAGGAGAAGGAGACCGCGAAGAACAUCCAACAGACUGUGAGCACCAAAGGCCCCCCUGAAAAACGAAUGAGACUUCAGUGAGUAUUGGACAAGAGAGAAGCUUCCAAGACUUCUUGUCCAUUAUUAUACCUCAUUACUGUGAAAGGCUCUUGACUUAAAAGUUCUUUGUCACAACCCUUUCAUUUGUAUAGAAUGUGCUUGUUCUUUAAAAAAGGAUAUAAGGACCCUUGAGCUUUUAAGAUGGGUAUUUGUGUCUUUUGUAACCUUUCCCCUACAGGACACUCGAUCGUCCCCCUCACUCACAUGUGUACAGACUGCUUUUUUGUGUUUAAAACCAAAUAAAGGUAUUUGUCUAGAUUACUUAA